AUGGCUAUGUCGGUAACGAUGGAUCAAGUCGUCAAACGAGCGAAAGAUAGUUUCGGACAAAUGUUUGACAAAAGUCUUCAUGAUCUCGUUCGUGGCAUUCGAAAUCAUAAGGACAAUGAAGCAAAAUACAUCAAUGAAGCGAUCGAUGAGAUCAAGCAAGAACUCAAACAAGACAAUAUUGCGGUGAAAGCGAAUGCUGUGAAUAAAUUAACUUAUCUUCAAAUGCUUGGAUACGAUAUAUCAUGGAGUGCAUUUAAUAUUAUUGAAGUGAUGAGUUCUAACAAGUUUACAUUCAAACGAACUGGCUAUCUUGCUGCUUCGCAAUGUUUUCACGAAGGAACAGAUGUUUUAAUGUUGACAACCAACAUGAUUCGAAAAGAUCUUAAUAGUUCGUCAAUGUAUGAAGCUGCUACUGCAAUGAAUGGUCUUUCAUGUUUUAUCAAUGGUGAUCUGGCUCGUGAUCUAGCAAAUGAUAUCAUGAUAUUAAUGUCAUCAACAAAACCAUACAUACGCAAACGAGCUGUUCUUCUCUUGUACAAAGUGUUUCUUAACAAUCCAGAUGCUUUGAAACCUGCAUUUCCUCGAUUGAAAGAAAAACUCGAAGAUCCUGAUCCAGGUGUUCAAGCUGCUGCUGUGAAUGUCAUUUGUGAAUUAGCUAGACGUAAUCCGAAAAAUUAUUUGCCUCUAGCCCCAAUCUUCUUUCGUUUGAUGACAACAUCAACUAACAAUUGGGUGUUGAUUAAAAUCAUAAAACUAUUCGGCGCAUUGACACCUCUAGAACCUCGGCUAGGCAAAAAACUGAUAGAACCAUUGACAAAUUUGAUACAUAGCACCUCAGCUAUGUCUCUUCUAUAUGAAUGUAUCAAUACUGUGAUUGCUGUUCUCGUUUCCAUAUCAUCGGGCUUACCUAAUCAUAAUGCAUCGAUUCAAUUAUGCGUACAAAAACUUCGCAUACUUAUCGAAGAUUCUGAUCAAAACUUGAAAUACUUAGGAUUGCUGGCAAUGUCAAAGAUUUUACAAACGCAUCCGAAGAGUGUACAAGCACAUAAUGAUCUAAUCAUGCAUUGUCUCGAUGACAAGGAUGAAUCCAUACGUUUACGAGCGCUUGAUCUUUUAUCCGGCAUGGUAUCGAGAAAGAAUUUGAUGGAUAUCGUUCGUAAAUUGAUGGUUCAUAUGGAUAAAUCGGAAGGUUCACAUUAUCGAGAUGAAUUACUAUCGAAAAUUAUCGAGAUUUGUAGCCAAAAUGAUUAUCAACACAUCACUAAUUUCGAAUGGUAUAUAAGCAUAUUAGUGGAAUUGACUCGUCUCGAAGGAACGAAACAUGGAAAUCUGAUUGCUUUACAAGUGUUAGAUGUUGCCGUUCGUGUCGAAUCGAUUCGUCCAUUUGCUUGCAAUCAAAUGGCAAUUCUUCUCGCUAAUGCGCAUGUUUUUAUCGUUGGAUCAAAUACGACAACUGUUGCUGAAGUUUUGUAUGCAGCUGCAUGGAUCUGUGGAGAAUUUUGUUCAUAUUUAAAAGAUCCACAAGAAACACUCCAAGCAAUACUAAAUACAAAAGUGACUCUCUUUCCGGGUCAUAUUCAAUCAGUUUACUAUCAAAAUAUUCUGAAAAUUGUCACACAUUUAAUUCAAUCAUCGAACAAUGACCAAGCUUUUACCAAACAAUUGAUUUCCACGACUAUUGAGAAGAUGUCGACGUUCUUAUCGAGUGGUGACGUGGAAGCGCAAGAACGUGCAAGUGUAAGCUUACAUAUUCUCAAAACAGUGUUGAAACUUCUUGAAAAAGCGGACUUUAAUAUCAACGAGUUAUCAGUCUUGUUCGAGGGUUCACUUAAUCCGGUCGCACCCAAAGCGCAACGUAAAGUUGCCGUGCCCAAUGGUUUGGAUUUGGACGCUUGGAUCAAUGAACCACCCUCGGAAAGUGAAGACGAAUCAGUUGUUAGCGAGACACAUUAUGAUAGCAAAGGAUUGUUUUACGGAAAUAGCGAAAAUAGUUAUAGUUCGAACUCGUAUGCAAAUGAGGCAUCCAGUUACCAGAAACCAAGAAAUUACGUUGAACCCACAGCCGACGAAUUAGAACAACAACGCGAAUCAAGAAAACAAAGUGAACAGAUGAAUCCGUUCUAUUUGAAGGAUACAAAGAAAUCGAAAGCUACGCCGAAGACAGAAACGCCUACGACGACGACAAAUGGCAAUGAAAAUCUUCAGUCUUCUCUUUCGAAAGGAGCGAUUCCUAGUAACUUACAGGUCUCUCUUUCCGAUCAACUGUAUCGUCAAGCUAAAAUCGAUGAAGAGAAUCGUCGCCUGAAGAAGAAAUCCAAAGUUGAUGGUGCAUCAUCGAAAAAGGGAAAAAAAUCCUCGAAGAAAUCCGAUACAGUAGCUGCUGAUGACAAUGAUGAUGACAUCUAUCCAACGAUUAAAGUCACACGUGGUGGUGAAUUACCUGAGGGUGCCACCGCCAGCGGUAAUGAAGACAAUGACGAUGAUAAUAAUACGAAAGUUGGUAAUAAAAACAAAAAAUACGACCCACAUCGAGCAUUAAAUAUCGAUCUGAAUGAAGUUCCUAAACCAAUACCUUCACCUGCGCAACCGAAACAAUCCCCUCAGAAACCCGUAGACGUACCUUCUUCUCCCCCACCGGAAUCUCAUGAAAAACCGAAAAAGUCCAAGAAAAAGGCAACUGCAGAAAAAGAGGCCAAAGCGACGAAUUCGAAAACUAAACUGAAAAAGCCUGAACGCAGCGAUUACAAAGAAUUGGUAUCGCCAGUCGAUGAUGAAGAAACAUCUGCUCCACCACCACCGGCUCCUUCAACCAUUCCUAACGAAAAGCCCAAGAAAAAGAAAACUAAAGAGAAAAAGUCCACUUCAAAAACAGCAGCUGCCGAAGCCAAUCAACCUGCUCCGCUUCUAUUCGAUAUCAUGAGCGAUGAGAUUCCCUCGUCAAAUCAAUCUACUCAACAACAGAACGAGCAAGAUCUAUACAAACUAGCCGCUCAAUCGGACAAUCUCACUGUUGAAUAUUCAAUCAUCUCGAAAACAUCUGCAGCUGAACUCGAUGUGACCUUUCUUCUAAAAAAUCGCACCACAUCGAUCAUCGAUCACAUUAGUAUACAUGUUGUCGAUAGUAUGAGUUCGAAGGUAUUGAAUACAACCAGUGCCAAUCGAAUAUCGUUCCCAAAUGUAAGCCUCUUUCCUCAUGCGCAAAAUUAUCUCCACGUAUUCUUCACUAUCAAUGCAAUAUCCUUCCCUCAAAAACUAAAAACAACAUUAUCCUGUUCGGUCAAUAAAUCGAAUCAAACAGAAAACGAUACAAUUGAAUUUAAACUUAAUCUACCUUGCUCGCAAUAUUUAAGAAGAAAGUCAUUGCAUUCUGAUGUGUUUGUGGAUCUGAUGAAUUCGGGAACAUUGACAUCUCAAUCAAAUGUAAACAUCUCAACAGACAAACAAAAUUUCACAUCGAUAAUCAAUACCAUUUGCCAAUCUUAUCGCUUAACCAUUGUGGAUAACGUCAACUCAGCUGCCUCACUCUAUGCUGAAACAAUUCUAGGUCAUCCAGUGGCGCUUUUAAUAAAAUCUACCAAUUCUCCAUCAAAUAUCUCAAUUAACGGUAAAUCAACAGAAACACAUUUUCUCUCAAAUUUAUUAGAAGAAAUUCAAACAUCAUUCAAAUAA